GCCGAUUGCCUCAUCGAACGUCGACUACUUCGCCGAGCUAUGGAAGUGGCGACUUCGGGACGUGGUGAUCCACAUCAUCAACGAUCGCAACGAGCCCAACUUGCAAUGGACGAUGAGGCGGCUGACGAAGAAGAUGAAGAGGUUCACGAAUUGCACGAAUUAUUUAAACGUGACGAUGAAGUUAUGAGCCGAAUGUCUGCAAUGUCAAGGAGGUGA